CACUCUAGUUUCCCCUUCUACUUAAGUCUCAUCUCUUAAAACAAUGAAGUCUUUCAUAUUUUCUGCUAUCGUCUGCGUUGUUGUGGCAGACAGUCGCUACGGAUCCAACGGGAAUGGAAACGGCUUCGGAGCGCCUCGUCCUCCCACCAACGGCUAUGCGCCCCCAAGUAACACCUAUGGCACGCCCAACGGUGGCUACGGAGUAGACCCUGAGAUUGCCGCUUUGGCCGAGAACAUUCCAGGGGGCGGCGUCCCCGGCGAGGACUACCCCAUCUUGGCUUCCGUGCCCGACACCGGCUUCUCCUGCGAUGCCCAGGCGGUGCAAGGUUAUUACGCCGACACUGCAGCUGAAGCCGGCUGCCAGGUGUUCCAUAUCUGCCAGGACCGCGCCCUCAGGCGCCAACAGGACUCCUUCCUGUGCCCCAACGGUACCAUCUUCAACCAGCAGUACCUGGUAUGUGACUGGUGGUUCAACGUGGACUGUUCUCAAGCUGAGAGCUUCUACUCCGUCAACGAGCUCAUUGGAGUCGUUCCCAAUGCUGGCUAUGCUUAUGCUGCCGCCACCAACGGCCUCUCCCUUAAUGGCAAUGGAAGGAAUGGCAACGGCAACGGUAACGGAAGAAACGGCAACGGAGGAAACAACGGCAACCAAUAUGGCGCGCCAGCAGCUCCUUCCAACUCUUACGGUUCCUCUUUCUAAGCAGAUAUUGAUCGAAUGAGCUUCGCAGUUCUAAGAAAACGUCUCAGUUAUACCUUAAUAUUUAUCUAUUGCACUGCUACUCUGUCUUUUCUUGAAUUAGAGUAUGUUUUGCUCUUAGAAUUCAGCUUUCUCUUUAUUUUUUAUACUGGAACUUCCAGGAGAAAAUAUAAAAGCAUCUAAAAAUACGAUAUAUUUAUAUAUAUUAAUAUGCAUUUCACAUAAUAAAGUGAAUACUGUC